GACCCAGCCCCGGUGUCCACGAGCCCCGAGACCUUGGCCCGAGGCGAACUCUUCUCUGAAAAGCGAUCCGUUCCAGGACCGUGUGAGAAGAUGCUGAAGGAGCGCCCAGGGAUGGCAGAGGGUCCUCAGCAGCCCAUGGGUGUCCCUGUGGUGAAACUGGAGAAGGAACUGCCCUGGGCCAGGGGAAGAGAAGACUCUAGUCCUGAGACUUUUCGUCUGAGGUUCCGACAGUUCCGCUACCAGGAGGCAGCUGGUCCCCAGGAAGCCCUCAGGGAGCUCCAAGAACUCUGUCGUCUCUGGCUGAGGCCCGAGCUGCACACCAAGGAGCAGAUCCUGGAGCUGCUGGUGCUAGAGCAGUUCCUGACCAUCCUGCCCCAGGAGUUCUACGCUUGGAUCCGAGGACACAGUCCAGAGAGUGGCAAGGCCCUGGUGGCCAUGGUGGAGAAUCUGACAGAGAGCAUGCUGGAGGCCAAGGCGGUUCCAUGCCACAGGCAGGGUGAGCAGCAGGAGCCAACGCUUGGCCAAGGCUCUUGGGAUCCAGGUGUCCACAUGGGGCCAGUGGAGGUCAAGCCCGAGUGGAGGAUGCCACAUACGGAAGGAGUUCAAGGCCUGGAGCAAAGGACUGCGGAGCAGCUGAGCCAGGGCCCCGGAGAUGGGACGCAGGCCUUCCAGGGACAGGUGCUGCCCAUUCUUCAGGCGGGCCCAGGCCUCCCUGCAGUGAGCACCAGAGAUCAAGAGAUGGCAGCUGGGUUCCUAACAGCGACGCCCCAGGGGUUGGGACCAUUUAAAGACAUGGCCUUGGCCUUCCCAGAGGAGGAGUGGAGGCACGUGACCCCAGCUCAGAUCGACUGCUUUGGGGAAUAUGUGGAAUCACAGGUCUGCGGAAUCCCUCCAGGCGCCGAGAGCCAGGAAAAGGAGGCGAAGCCCCAGCAGGAAGACCUGAAGGCGGCGUUUGCGGGGCUGGCUUCCGUGCAGUGUCCCGGGCCCGGGGCCGCAGGCGAGCCGGGGCCGGGGCCGGAGCGGGACCCCGAGGCGGGGGGCUCGGGCGCCGGCCUGCUGCCGGCCGUGCCCGCGUCGCAGCCCGACGCCCACGGCCCCGCGUGGAAGCCGUUCCAGUGCCCGGAGUGCGGCAAGGGCUUCAGUCGCAGCUCCAACCUGGUGCGCCACCAGCGCACGCACGAGGAGGCGAAGGCGUUCGGCUGCGUGGAGUGCGGCAAGGGCUUCACGCUGCGCGAGUACCUGACCAAGCACCAGCGCACGCACGCCGGCCAGCGGCCCUACGUGUGCGGCGAGUGCUGGAAGACGUUCAGCCAGCGCCACCACCUGGAGGUGCACCGGCGCAGCCACACGGGCGAGAAGCCGUACGCGUGCGCCGACUGCUGGAAGGCCUUCAGCCGCCGCCAGCACCUGCUGGUGCACCGGCGCACGCACACCGGCGAGAAGCCGUACACGUGCGAGUGCGGCAAGAGCUUCAGCCGCAACGCCAACCUGGCGGUGCACCGGCGCGCGCACACCGGCGAGAAGCCCUACGGCUGCGCGGCGUGCGGCAAGCGCUUCAGCAAGGCCGAGCGCCUGGUGCGCCACCAGCGCAUCCACACGGGCGAGAAGCCGUACCGCUGCCCGGCGUGCGGGCGCAGCUUCAACCAGCGGUCCAUCCUCAACCGCCACCAGAAGACGCAGCACCGCCAGCAGAGCCCCGCGGCCCCGUGACCGCGGGCCAACCCCGGGGCCAGGGCACAGCGC